AUGAAGGAGAUCUCAGUUAUGAAAUCAAUUAAAGGGCACCCCAACAUUAUCACCAUUUAUGCCCAUACCAUCUUUGAUAUGGGUAGAACUAAGGAGGUUCUCCUUCUUGUGGAAUACUGUGAGAAGUCUCUAGUUAAUGUGCUGGAGAAUCCGAAAGCUGGUUUCUUUGAGGAGAAGCAGAUCUUCGUAAUUUUCAGGGAUGUGUACAAUGCUGUCUUUGCAAUGCACUUUCAGACUCCAUCUAUUGCUCACAGAGAUUUGAAGGCAGAGAAUCUUUUGCUGGGAUCUGAUGGAUUAUAG